AUGAAUGGGUCCGUAUCGACACUACUCUUUGCCGAGGACAACAUCAUAACAGCCGCUGUGGCAGCAGUGUCUCGAAUACUAAUGAAGGCGAGAGGAUGGGAGGGGUGUUGGGACAAUUUUACGAUCCAAGAAUGGAAUAUUGUUAUUGCAAAGUCCGAUACGACGCAGCGUCGAUAUGAGUCUUCACAUUGCAUCACAUCGAAGAAAGAAAUUCGAAAACUACGAGCGAAGAAUACGAAUCUGAAGAAAAAGUGA